AUGGCUACAGGGGAGCAGCGGAGGCAAGAGGAGCGGCGGCGGCGGAGGGCUCAGCAGCAAGAGCUGCUCCUGGCAGAGAGCCUGGGCAAGCAUCCCCUGCAGAACAGGUGGGCACUGUGGUUCUUCAAGAAUGACAAGAGCAAGAUGUGGCAGGCAAACCUGCGCCUUGUCACCAAGUUCAGCACUGUGGAGGACUUCUGGGCGCUGUACAGCCACAUCCAACUUGCCAGCAAGCUCACAUCUGGCUGCGACUACUCCCUCUUCAAGGACGGCAUCGAGCCCAUGUGGGAGGACAGCCGGAACAAGCGUGGCGGGCGCUGGCUCAUCACCCUGGCCAAGCAGCAGCGGCAUACUGAGCUGGACCGUUUCUGGCUGGAGACGGUGAGUGCGGUCCCGCUGUGGCUGGCCUGCAGGGUCCUGGCAGCCGUGUUUCCCCCUGCCACAGCACCGAGCCGCAGCGGGGACUGUCCCGGGCUCCCUUUCUCCUCCUGGCAGCUGCUGUGCCUCAUCGGGGAGAUGUUUGAUGAGUACAGUGACGAGGUGUGCGGGGCCGUCAUCAACAUCCGCGCCAAGGGGGACAAGAUUGCCAUCUGGACCCGGGAAGCUGAGAACCGAGAAGGGGUCACCCACAUUGGGCGAGUCUACAAGGAGCACCUGGGCCUGUCGCAGAAGGUGGCCAUUGGGUACCAGGCCCAUGCGGACACAGCCACCAAGAGCGGCUCCCUCACCAAGACCAAGUUUGUGGUGUGA